AGCACAACUUCUAUUUCUAAACUCUCCUUUUUUUUUUAUCACAACUAAAUUAAACUAAUCAAUUUUGCCAACUUUUUUCCACCAAAAUCCAACUUUUCCCUUCCUAAGGAAAAAAAAGACAAUUUAAAAGAUUAAGUCUCUCUUCAUUUCAUUUCAUUCCAUUCCAUUCCAAGCCCAUCUAAAAAAAUGGAAUCAAAAAGGGGGCUUGUUUUUCUCAUCUUAGCCUUGACAUUGGCAUUGGCAAUAGUAACCGAAGCAUCUAAAAUUCAUGAUUUUUCACCACUUGUGACAAAUGAUGAAAAUGGUCUAAUUGAAGAUGAUAAUGAAUUUUUGAUGAGUUCUGAAGCAAGUCAUAGAAUACUUGCUGGACGUGGAAGGUACAUUAGUUAUGGUGCCCUUAGAGCCAACCAAGUCCCAUGUGGUAAGCGUGGACGUUCCUAUUACAAUUGUCAGAAGAGGGGUAAGGCUAAUCCAUAUCGUCGUGGUUGUAGUGUCAUUACACAUUGUGCAAGAGACACUAGUUAAAUUCAUCAACUGAAUACUUACAACUUUGUAUUGGAAUUCUUCAAUAAACUUAUUGCUUCUGGAAAUUUCUUCUGUUACAAUAAGGAUUCCACGAAAUAUUAAUAAUGUAAGGUCGGAACAACUUGGUCUAUUUUAUUUUGGUUCAUGCAACUUGUUCUAUUUCUAUGUCUAUCUAUUAAUCUAACAUGUUUUAUAUUCCUUAAAA